CUUGCUCGUGCUUGCUCGUACUUAUCUAUUGACUAUUCGCUAACUAUUUCAAUUUUCAAUAUGUACAUAUUGUUAUAGAGCAAGUUCGUCUAGAAUCUUUUUUUUUUCUUUUUUGUCAUAUUAUCAAUAUUUAUAUCAAUCAAAUUUAUAUAAUAAAAAUAUGCCCCGAGUUCGUCGUCUUAGCAGGUGUCCUGAUGAGUGGGAUCUACGGAGAAGGUAUCCUUCUAACACAGUAGAAACAAAAGAGCAUAAUUGGAUCAGAAUUGAUAAUAUUGGAAAAAAUACCAAUCUUGUUGAUAUUUUAGCUUUAUUCAGACCGAUUGGUGAAAUUUCUAACCAUUACAAGGAUAUUGCAAAUAACUGUAUAUUUCUCUACAUGGAAAAUUUUAAUAAAAGCAAAGAACUCAAUGGAACUAUACUUGUAGAUACCAAAAUAAAAGUUACAGCAGUGCCACACGUAACAACUAUUAAAAUCCGUAAUGUGCCACAAAACAUCACUGACUAUGAUUUACUCAAAUCAUUUUAUCAAUUUGGGCAUAUAAAAAAAGCCUAUGUUCAUGUUGAUUAUGACGGUGUUCCCAAAGGAAAAGGCACCGUUGUCUUCAGAGAUGUGGAAUCAGUUACAGCUGCUGUAGCAGCUUGUACUGAUAACAAUUUUUUCUUGCACGAAUCAUGUAUUGUACCACUAACAGUCACACCCGUCAAAAAAAAUAAAACAGUGGAACAAAUAAAUAAUAUUAAUAACGACUUCGUUAUUGAUCCACUCUUUGCGAUAACAGAUAGUGCACGUGACUUUAAUGGUUAUUUAUUCAAAAGUAUUGAUGAUGUUUAUGAAAAAAAUAAAGAAGCUCUUCAACAACAAAAAAAACAGUCUCAAGACAAAAUUAAAGAAGAAAUUGAGUCUUGUAUGAGUCUUGAAAGUCUUAAAAUCUAUUGAGUCUUUCUUGACCAGCUAGCUGGCAGUAAUAACGAGUUAAUAACAGAAGACAACGAAAAAAAAAUGCUUCUUUUGAUAAUUACAAUGCCGUUAUUGAGAUUCAACCUACCCAGCUAGCAAUAAAUUUAAGUAAUCACUUGAUAAUUCUGAAUACAUAACUAGUAUCUAUAAUAAUUUGUAUACCAUUGAAGUGA